CCCAAGACCAUGGGGAAACUGGUGGCGCUUACCCUGCUGGGCGCCGGCCUGGCCCUAAUCGGGGAGAGGUUAAUGACGCUUAGAGAAAGAACUAAUGCAUAUCGAGAAGUGGAGCCAGUAGAACCCCAGAACUGCCACCUUAUUGAGGGACUUGAAAAUGGCUCUGAAGACAUUGAUAUACUUCCUAGGGGGCUGGCUUUUAUCUCCAGUGGAUUAAAAUAUCCAGGCAUGCCAAACUUUGCACCAGAUGAGCCAGGACAAAUCUUCUUGAUGGAUUUAAAUGAGCAAAACCCAAGGGUCCAGGCACUAAACAUCAGUGAUGGUUUUGACAAAGCAUCAUUUAAUCCACAUGGGAUCAGUACUUUCAUCGACAAAGACCAAAUUGUUUAUCUUUAUGUUGUGAAUCAUCCCCACAUGGAGUCCACUGUGGAGAUAUUUAAAUUUGAGGAACAACAACGUUCUUUGGUACACCUGAAAACUAUAAAACACGAACUUCUCAAAAGUGUGAAUGACAUUGUGGUUCUCGGAGCAGAACAGUUCUAUGCCACCAGAGACCACUAUUUUACCAACUUCUUCUUGGUACUAUUAGAGAUGGUCAUGGAUCUUCGCUGGACUUACAUUCUUUUUUACAGUCCAAGAGAGGUUAAAGUGGUGGCCAAAGGAUUUAGUUCUGCCAAUGGGAUCACCAUCUCACCAGACAAGAAGUAUAUCUACGUAGCUGAUGUACUGGAUAAGAAUAUUCAUGUAAUGAAAAAACAUGACAACUGGGAUUUAACUCAACUCAAGGUAAUCCAGUUGGGCACCUUAGUGGAUAACUUAACUGUUGAUCCUGACACCGGAGAUAUUUUGGCAGGAUGCCAUCCUAAUGCCAUCAAGCUGCUGAUGUAUAAUACUGAGGAUCCUCCAGGGUCAGAAGUACUUCGCAUCCGGAAUGCUUUGUCUGAGAAGCCCAGGAUAAGCACUGAGUAUGCCAACAAUGGCUCAAUGCUUCAGGGCAGCUCUGUGGCUUCUGUGUACCAGGGGAAGCUUCUCAUAGGCACUGUAUUUCACAAAGCUCUGUACUGUGUGUUCUAGAGUCCAGAUAUUUCAAAAAGUCUAUAUAUUUGGUAAAAGUAAACCCUUAAUUAUAUGAUAAAUGGAACUGUAAGUAAAUGACAAUAACAAUAACUAAAUAAUAAAUUUUUA